AUGCCGGGAGAACAAACCGGAGAAACUCCGACUGUAGCCGGAGUUGGCGGCGGCGGAGGUGGUUGUAGCGCCGGUAAUAGUGGCGGAAGUAGUGGAUGCGGCGGCGGUGGUGGAGGUGGUGGAGGAGGAGAUUCGCAGAGGUCGAUUCCGACUCCGUUUUUGACGAAAACGUAUCAGCUUGUGGAUGAUCCGGUUUACGACGAAUUGAUUUCGUGGAACGAAGAUGGAUCAACUUUCAUCGUGUGGAGACCAGCUGAAUUCGCCAGAGAUCUUCUCCCGAAAUACUUCAAACACAACAAUUUCUCAAGUUUCGUUCGUCAGCUCAACACUUACGGAUUUCGAAAAGUAGUUCCCGAUCGUUGGGAGUUUUCUAAUGAAUGUUUCCGGAGAGGUGAGAAGUCUCUGCUUCGGGAUAUUCAACGUCGGAAAAUCUCUCAGCCUGCUAUGGCCGCCGCAGCUGCAGCCGCUGCGGCGGCGGUAGCGGCUUCAGCUGUAACGGUUGCAGCGGUUCCAGUCGUAGCGCACGCCGUCUCUCCGUCGAACUCUGGAGAAGAGCAGGUGAUAUCGUCAAACUCAUCCCCCGCGGCUGCAGCCGCGGCUACCGAAGGAGGAGCGGUUGGUGCGGUUCUUCAGAGGACGACGAGCUGCACCACUACGCCCGAGCUAAUUGAGGAGAACGAGCGUUUGAGGAAAGAGAAUGUACAGUUGAGUCGGGAGUUAACAAAGCUUAAAGGAUUAUACGCGAAUAUCUACUCGUUGAUGGCGAACUUCACGUCAUCGGGUCAAGCGGAUUGUGCGCAGUUGUUACCGGAGGGGAAGCCGUUGGAUCUUUUGCCGGAAAAACAAGGAAUGAGUGAAGCCAUGGAAAUGGAUUCUAGGUUAGAAACAGGGAUUGGUUUGAAGCUCGAUGAGGAUUUGACGCCGAGGUUGUUCGGUGUUUCGAUUGGGGUGAAGCGAGCUAGAAGAGACGAAGAGCUUGGUGCUGCUGUAGAGGAAGAGGAUGGGGAGAGACGAGAAGCGGGUAACGGAGACGGAGAACAAGGCUCCGAUGUUAAGUCAGAGCCGAUGGAGGAGAAUAACUCCGGUAACCAUGAUGGGCCAUGGCUCGAACUCGGAAAAUGA